CUUACAAAGAUGUCGCCCGUGUGCUUGGAAUCGCUUCCCGUUUCCGUGUUUGCGUUAGGUCGCAGUGACGUAGAGGCGCACCGACGCUGACCACACCAUCAGUUCGCGUAUGAUAACAAUAAACAACCCAGAAACAAGAGAUACGCACCGUCGAGACUUGUCGCUCUAUAUCGAGUGAAACGUAACGGAAAUAUGAGCCGAGACAACGAUCCACAGCUGGAGUGAGGGCUCGACAAGUACCGUGGUACUCCUGUCGGCGCUGACAUUAUUAGUUUUUGUUUGAAACCUUGGGGGAAGUAAGAGUUACUGUUAACCUCCUUACUUAGCCCCCUUGUAGCUAGCUGUGGCUCAUUCCUUCUUUCUGCCCACUUUGUGUUCGUCUGUUAUGCAGUUGCCAGAGCACUGCGAUCGCUCUUGUUCUCCUCCGCCACCUCUUUGCUCCCUCUCCCCGCUUUCGCUGGCCCUAUGUCUCGCUGGCUUUUCCCAUGGUCAGGCUCAAUCAAGAAGCGGGCCUGUCGGUACCUCUUGCAGCACUACCUCGGUCACUUUUUGCAGGAGAGACUGAGCUUGGACCAGCUGAGCUUGGACUUGUACAACGGCAGUGGUGACAUCAAGGAAAUCCACAUCGAUGUUUGGGCGGUAAACGAGCUCUUGGAAUCUCUGGGCGCUCCUCUGGAGAUAGUAGAUGGCUUUGUGAACAGCAUAAAAGUGACCAUCCCAUGGCAGGCUCUCCUAACUGACCACUGCACCCUAGAAAUCUCUGGUCUUCAGAUAACAUGUCGACCGAAGUACCGGACCAGUGGAGGAUGGGAUUCCCAGGGCUGGUCAUCAAGUAUGACUUCCAGCAUGCAGCUGGCCCAGGAGUGCCUGAAGGACCCCCCAGAGGCGUCCGAGGAGCCUCCUGCCCCACUGGAGGGGCUUGAGAUGUUUGCACAGACUAUUGAGACAGUCCUCCGUCGUAUCAAAGUCACCUUCAUAGACACAAUUGUCCGCAUUGAGCACCAGCCUCUGGACCUGGAAACAGGUGUUGCCUUAGAGUUGCACAUUAAACGGCUGGAAUACUUUGACGAAGCUGUGCGAGAUCCAGCCAGUCAGACUGCUGUGCCUGUAGACAUCCACCAGCCGCCUGCCUUCCUGCACAAAAUCCUUCAGCUGAGCGCUGUGCAGCUGUUUUAUGACAGCUCUGGUAUAGUACAGGAUCUUCCUGAGGGGGAAAACCCAAAGCCAGCUGAUGCAUGUAAAAAAGAUGAGGAGGAAGAAGAAAACGAUGAUGAUGAGGAGGAGGAGGAGGAGGAGGAAGACAAAGACAAAGAGAAGGAGACAAAGCCUCCAUCUCAGCCGCUCCUCAUCGGAAGCUGCUCUGGUUUUAUUGAGACCACUGUUAAGAUCAAACAGAACGACAUGCUGCCUGGACCACAGUUUGAGUUGGAUGGAAAAGUGGGCUGUAUCCACAUGCUGGUGACUCCAGAUCAAAUAACUCAUCUGACAGACCUGCUGGCAGCCCUCUGCAUAGAAACUGAGCCAGACACCAAGCGUGGUGGUGUCCUCAGCCGCCCUUUGGACUCGGAUGACUUUCGUAUGAUUGAAGAAGACCUCAGUAAACAGCUUGGUUCCAGUCCCAGAGACAGAGAUUGGGAUGAAGAACCUGACCUUGAACCCUAUGUUACUGGCCUGGAGAAUGGAGAAAUGUUUUUCUCUAUGGGCCCCACUGGGAUGAGCAGCAGUGUGACGUCUGUGCGCUCCGGCAGCGAGCUGUCAGACAGUGAUAUGGAAUCAUCGACACACAGUCUCAACAGCCUUACACAGCCGACAGCACUUUCUGCACAGGGCAUGAUAAACUGUCCCAGGAGAUACCCUGUAGCUGGCUGUCUGUCAAAUCUACCACAGAGUCGGAGCAAAGGACGCUCACACAGCAGCCAUACAGAUCAGAUGAAGCCAGACGCUUUGCUCCGUCUGACGAUUGGCGGCCUCACACUGACCCUGUUGCAGGAAGACCCACCCAUUAACCCUGAUAGGACCUCCUCAUUGGCUCAGGUCUCUCAGGUGUUCUUUAAGAAGUUGGCCUCCUUCAAAGACAGCAUGUUCAGUGAGAGAGACUUCCAGCAUCUGAGAGGAAGCUUUGCAAAGGCCUGUCCACACUCCCAUAUAAGACUGACAGGAGCAGCAGUCCAGGUGGCUUGUGAGACACGGAGUGGAAGACGCCGCAGCCGAGCUGUGACGUCCGACCUCUCCUUCAGCAGACUGGAGCUGUUGGAGUGCCUCUGGGAAAAUGGGAAGCCUGAGUAUAAUGAGUUGCUUCAGUUCCAGAAAUCAGGUCUUUUCACGGUCGGGACUGCAGCCAGGCCGUGUGCCCAACUUCACUACAGCCUCAGUGAAAAACACCUGCGCAAGGGUAAACAGCGGGUGUUGCGUCGAGACAGUGUGGUGCGGGUGGAGCUGGCAGAGCUCAGUGCUGAGCUGGACCUGGACGUCAUUAGCCGACUGGGGAACCUGAGCAAAGCCUUCAGUCACUGUCCCUCACAGACUGUUGGACCUGGACUCACACAGCCCCAGGCUACAGAGCUGUGUUCCUCCUUCACACUACUCUCGCCGCAUGCCGUCCUAAAGCUUCGUUUUCCCGUACCUGACCUACGACCCCUCUCUGUACGUCGGCCUCCCGCUCAGAGGGCCGUACGAAAUGAGACCCUGGUUCUAGAGCUGACGGAGCUGGAACUAAAGCAUCAGGGAGCUCCAGAUCUGUUGGGCGGCCAGGCCACCCAAGGACAGCCAAUGACUCCCUGUCUCACACAGCUACUGGAGGCCUCUUUUACUGACCUCCAAGGGUCAUAUGAGGGCUGGGAGGGCGGCUCUUUCCCCUGUAUCAGAGUGAAGAGGAACCGUGAAUGUCUUCCCCGAAUAUCAGUUCGCGUUCGUGGAGGUGAGGCUCAGGGACCCGCAGCAGGUCUGAGUGGGACAAACCUGGGCCUCAUCAAGGACCUGGGAAAUGCCUUCUUUGAAAGUCACUGUGAAUUCAAUGACAAAACCAGCUCGCCCUUCUCCUCUAACCGCACCAUGUUUGAAACUGAGGAGAUGGUGAUUCCAGCCGACCCAGAGGAGAUGCGUCAGUUUCAGACACAGUGUGUCUCUCAGUCUCAGUGUGCCGUGGACAUCAGUCUGCCACUGGCCUACAUCCUUCUGCCCAGCAAACAGGCCUUCCAGAGCAUCUACAACAGAAUCAACAAUGAUUUGUUGAUGUGGGAGCCUCCUCCUCCUCCCCCACCUUCAGUCCACAGCCCCCACCAUAACUUCCAUACUCAUGAUGAGUUCCAGCUGUGCAAGUCAGCCUUCAGAUUGGACUCUGAUUCUGAGGAGGACGAACCGGCGUUCUUUAUGGCCAAUGACCCAUCAGGAGGAAGACAACAGUCAGGCGUCAGCUCCAACCACAACCUCAGCCUCCUCUCCCUCACUGUGAUGAUUGACAAAGGACGCCUUCAAGCCAGAACAGACAAGAAGGAGGACCAAAGUCAUGGGGAAAUUGUACUGGACCUAGAAGGAGGGAAGAUAUUCAGUGUGGCCCAGCAUCAGAAUGAUCCUAAUCUCAAUUUUCUGUGUCUGGAGAGCAGACGAGUUGAACUCUACCACAAAGCGGUUGUAAAAGACACCCCUCUCCCUCCACGGUUGGAGAUGCCCAACUUCACUCCACUAAAACACUUGGACCCAACGAUCUACCCCACUGAGGUGGGCGUGAGCAGUGUGAGUGGCAGAGAGGGAGAAUUACAGAUGUUGUCCACUGCCAUCAAAAUCACACUGGAUCUCCAGAGAAAUGUCAAGGAGUUUUUAGUUGCCCUGCGACUUCAGGGCGCCACCUUGAGACAUUAUGUGACGCAGACAGAUCAGAGCUGGCACGAGCAGUUGGUCGACUUCCUGGAUGUCAUUGACGAUCCCAUUCUUGGAUACACAGCACCUGCUGUCAUCACAGUCCUCCACACACACCUGGGUACCUGCGCUGUCGACUACAGGCCUCUCUAUCUGCCACUGCGCAUGUUGUUCACAGCGGAAUCCUUCUCUCUGUCCAGUAACAUCAUCGUAGACACUGCUACCUUCCACCUCAGAUUCAUCCUGGAUGAUUCUGCUCUCUACCUCUCUGACAAAUGUGAGACUGACACGGUUGACUUGAGAAGAGACUACGUGUGUGUUCUGGACAUAGACCUGCUGGAGCUGGCCAUCACCACGUGGAAAGGCGGUGAUACUGGUAAACUGUCACAGCCUCUGUUUGAGCUUCGUUGCUCCAACAACGUGGUCCACAUCCACACCUGUGCUGAUUCCUGCGCCGCCCUCGUCAACCUGCUGCAGUACCUGGUCUCCCAGGGGGACCUCCACCCCCCACCACGGCACACAUCACCCACAGAGAUCGCUGGACAAAGGUUACCGCUGUCAGAAACGCAGGCCUCUGUGCUGCCCUGCCCUCCGGCUGAAACCGCUGAGAUCAACCAGUGUGACCUGGCUGAUGCCUUAAUUGACACAGAGAGGAGCUACAAAGAAGAAGCUUUAGAUCCAGGGUCUCCUUCCAUGAGAAGAGCCUCACCCGUCUCCGUCUACCUAUUUCCUGGUGAAGCCACAAAGCACAAACCCCCUGUCCUGCAGGGAGAUGACUCAGAGCUAGACGGACUGGUAACCGUGGCAACAGAGGCUCAGGCAGAUAUGAUGUCAGAAGAUGGCUCAGAUGUAUCCACUGAUAACGAUGACUUCUGCAUCCUGGAGUCUCUGGGGAGGGGCCUUCCUCCCAAGGACGGGGAGCCCGUGGUCACCGUGCUGUCCCAGGUGCCCAUCAAGGUGAAAGACAGUCACUUCUCCAGGCCUCGUGGCAGCUCAGACCUGCUCCGAGCCCCCAGCCGCUUCCCUGUGCCCCAGAGCAGGGUGAUUCUGCGGGAGAUCUCUGUGGUCUGGCAUCUGUAUGGUGGAAAAGACUUUGGUGGCAAAUCCAUGUCUAUACAUGCGCAACAGGCAAACAGAGGCCGGUCAGUCCCAGCUGGCAUUCGUGGUUCUCCGUCUCGGGCUGUGGCUUCCUCUCGUCCCCAGAACUCCUGGAGGUGGGCAGGUGGGAGUGGCCGUCAGCACACCAUGUUGAUGGAGAUACAGCUCACCAAGGUGUCUUUCCAGCAUGAAUCCUACUCUGUGAUACAAGCAGGGCAGGAUGGAGAGGGGGCAGCAGUCCCUGUGGUCGGAGUUGGACCAGGUAAUGAACAGCCCAUCUCAAGGCAGGUGUUCAUCGUCCAGGAGCUUGAAGUUCGAGACCGUCUGGCCUCCUCGCAAAUCAACAAAUUCCUCUACCUCUACACCAGUGAGAGCAUGCCCCGUCGGGCCCACUCCAAUAUGCUGUCAGUGAAAGCCCUUCAGGUGUGUCCAGAGUCAGGUCUGGGUGGUCCAGAGUGUUGUCUCCGGGUCAGUUUGCUGCCACUGCGUCUGAAUAUAGACCAGGAUGCACUUUUCUUCCUCAAGGACUAUUUCAGUAAUUUAGCCUCCUUCGUCAACCCUUACCUGCCAGUGGAUCCUGCAACUGAAGUGAAAGCAGAUUCCUCUCAGAGAGCUGCUGAAGACAUGGACGCAGCUGCUGGUCUGGGGCCUGACCUCACAGCUUCUGUUGAAACCACCAACAGUGAACAAAGCUCAUCUUCUGCUGGCUCCUCCUCCUCGUCCGAUCAGCCAAUCUAUUUCCGGGAGUUUCGUUUCACCUCUGAAGUGCCGAUAUGGCUGGAUUAUCAUGGCAAACAUGUGGUCAUUGAACAGGGAACGUUUGCAGGGAUUCUGAUUGGCCUGGCUCAGUUGAACUGUUCUGAGCUGAAGCUGAAGAGGCUCUGCUGCAGACACGGUCUUCUCGGUGUGGACAAAGUGAUUCAGUAUGCUGUCACAGAGUGGCUGACUGACAUCAGGAAGAAUCAGCUGCCAGGCAUUCUGGGAGGUGUUGGCCCCAUGCACUCAGUUGUCCAACUAUUCCACGGAGUGAGGGAUCUGUUCUGGCUGCCCAUAGAGCAGUACAGGAAGGAUGGACGCAUUAUCCGAGGUCUCCAAAGGGGGGCAGCGUCCUUCGGCACCUCAACUGCCUCAGCUGCUCUGGAGCUCAGCAACAGGCUGGUGCAGGCCAUUCAGGCAACAGCAGAGACUGUGUAUGAUAUCCUCUCCCCAACACCUCCUCUGACUCGUUAUGCCAUCACUGAAGGCCGGACUCUUACCAGCCGACCCCGUAGAGCUGCCCAGCCCGCAGACCUCCGAGAAGGUGUCGCCAAAGCCUACGACACCGUCAGAGAGGGAAUGUUUGACGCGGCCCAGACGCUGUGUGAUGUAGCAUCCCGUGGCCACGAGCAAAAGGGUCUGCCUGGUGCUGUGGGCGGUGUCCUGCGGCAGAUCCCUCCCACUGUAGUUCGCCCUCUGAUAGUGGCUUCUGAGGCCACCUCCAAUCUGCUCGGUGGCAUGAGAAACCAGAUCAAACCAGACGCCAGGAAAGAGGAUUUCUUGAAGUGGCGGACGGAGGAGGGUGAAGAAUAAUGGUUUUUUCUGUGUCAGUGUGAUGGAGAAUGGAUGUGAACGUAUGAGAAUCACUGAGUGUGAGACAUACUGUUGAGAUUAAAGUGUGGAGGAAGGGAGUGAAUCCAAGGUUUAAAUGUGUACUUGCAUGUGUGUAGGAUCCAAUUAGAGUCUGCG